GGUCUGGCAUCGCCUAAACAUAGAUGGCGCAUUUCAAAAAUUGAUUUGACAGAGUGGCAGCGCCGCGUUCUCAUCUGUUUUUGUUUCACCUAUUGAAUUGAAUACGGGAGUUAAAGCAUGGCGAGCCUAAUACAGAAGAGCCUUCCACUGACCAAAACCAGCACUCCGGCGCUGCAGUUCCUCCGCUUCAGGGGCAAGAUCAAUAUACAGCGACCAAAGGAGCCACACUACGAGCGUGCCCGCGUCAUCGCCGUCACCCAUCCGAAAUAUCCGGAGCCACAUAAGGCCAAGAGUUGCUUCAAAACACGUGAGGAGCGCACGCAGCAGCAGCUGGAGAACCCUUACAACGAGAUCAUCGCACGCGAAGUGCGCAACUGGCUGGACCACUCCCGUCUGGUUGCCGUCUUCCACCUGAACUCCAUUACAGCCGACGAGAUAUUCCGCGUCCGCGUUCAACUGCACAAACAGAACCUGCACCUCAAGUCCUACGGCAGCAAGAUCAUCGCCCAGGCAGUAAAAGGUACUCGCUACGAGGCCAUCCUGCCAUUGUUCCACUCCAACCAUUGCAUUGUAUUCUCCCCGGACCAGCAGAGGACAGCCACCCUGCUGAGGAUCACCCGUAAGGUGCCGCAAAUGGUCCUCCUGGGCGGCAUCGUGGAAGACACCUUGGUCAGCAGGAACCAGCUGGUGGCCUACGCCCAGAUGCCAGGCCUGCAGGCGGCGCAGGCACAACUGGUCCAGACCCUCAACCAGGCAUCUGGUCAUCUUGUCCAGCAAUUGCAGGCCCAUCAGAACAGCUUCGUGCAAGUCCUCGAUGUCCAUGCAAAAAAGAAGGCGGCAGCUGAGUCCACGGAGGAGUCCAAGUGAAACAAGUUUGUUAAAUAACAAGAAAAUCGAAACUGUUACCAUUUGUCUUUCACUCUAAGCUAGCUGCUAAAUAUUCGUUGACUUUCGGCACGAUCAGGUUCUCACUUUCAUAGAUGCAGGUUGAUUAAAUGUGCUAACUUAAAAAUGUACACUUUUCAAUCCACUGCCAAGAAACUUAAAAAUAAAAACCAGACAGCCCA